AUGAGAUGCUCCGUCUCCACCAAAUUCGAAGAAUACUUGGGAGGACUUCUCGAUGAGACAGGUUCUCCAGGAUGGAGAAAGGUGCUUCUCGAGGUCGGCUACUCCCUGUCGACAUGCCUGAUCGACCACACCAUCCUCAAAACGGUCACCACAAGACUCCGAACAGUGGUUUUUGGAGGAAUUCGCUUUGAAGCGGAAGAAUAA